AUGUCAAACACGUUGCGGCAGGACAUAUGCGAGCUCAAGGAUCCCGGGUCUCUUACCAUGGAAUCCCGCCCCAAACAAACAGCAUUGAACUCUAUCGAAUAUGCGUGUGUUCACUGGUUCGACCAUCUGUGUCAACAUAACAGUAAAAUCGUAGAGAAUAGCCAAGAGCUCGAUGACAAGGGCAAACUACACACUUUCUUUGCCGAGCAUCUUCUUCACUGGCUGGAAAGCCUGGGUAUCGUGCGAGAGAUUUCAGCGAGUAUACUCAUCAUCAAAAGUCUUCUGCAGAGUGUCCAGUCAACCCCCAAUUCUGAGUUUGCGAAACUGCUGCAGGAUUCCAUGCGGCUAGUCCUCACCUAUGGUUCAACGAUAGAGCAGGCUCCCUUGCAAGUCUACAGUGGAGCUCUUGUCUUUUAUCCUGAGAACAGCGAAAUCGAGCGUCUAUUUUCGAACAGUAGGCUGCCAUUCGUGAGGAGCGUGACUGGCGUUCAAAAGAACUGGAACUCCUGCCUGCAGGUACUCGAAGGCCACGGAAACUCACCAGUCAACGAUGUACGCUUUUCGCCGGAUGGUCAAACCCUAGCAACGGCCUCAACCGACUACACGAUUAAGCUGUGGGACGCAACAACCGGAAUUAUGAAGCAAAUUCUUGAAGGCCACAAGGGACCCAUAAACUCGAUCUCGUUCCUUCAGGAUAGUCAGUCAUUAGUGUUGGGAUCAGAGGACGGCACAGUCUUAUCAUAG